GAAGAGGAAAAAAAGUCAGCCUGUGGUCAAAUCACUGGGACAUCAUGUCCUGAAAUAAAUGCAGCCAUAAGAUCAAGAUUCAUCUGGACCGGGCCGAGCCCCCCAACCCGUCCACAUCCUCCGAACGCCUCUGAGCGGACCCAAUGUGGCGGACAGGAACCGUAAAAAGGAUGAGAGGUAGAAGGUUAACGUUGCAUUAUUUGGUUCUGCCGCAGCCCGGAGGAGGAGGAGGAGGAGCGGGAGGAGGGCGAAGCCUGACGCGGGACGUUUCUGGUCCGGAGCACAGCGCGAACCGAGUCCGGCCGACACAAUGAUAGGAGGGAGCACGGGACGAUAAGGGCCGUUUAGAGCGGGAUGGACAGGCAGAGAGACCAGCUUUAACUCCCAGCCGGUGGCGGUUCAGCGUCGAAAUGGAUGAGUUCCAUCCAUUCAUUGAGGCUCUGCUGCCCCAGGUUCGUGCCUUCGCCUACACAUGGUUCAACCUCCAGGCCAGGAAAAGGAAGUACUUCAAAAAACAUGAGAAGAGGAUGACUAAAGAAGAGGAGAGAGCAGUCAAGGAUGAAUUACUGGGAGAGAAGGCGGAGAUAAAACAGAAAUGGGCUAGCCGUCUUUUGGCCAAGCUGAGAAAAGACAUACGACCUGAGUGCAGAGAGGACUUUGUCCUGUCCAUCACUGGGAAGAAAGCUGCAUGUUGUGUCUUAUCAAACCCUGACCAGAAAGGCAAAAUGAGACGCAUAGACUGCCUCCGACAAGCUGACAAGGUGUGGAGGUUGGACCUAGUGAUGGUCAUCCUUUUUAAAGGAAUUCCUCUGGAAAGCACAGAUGGAGAGCGGCUGGUGAAAGGAGGCCAGUGCUCCAAUCCUGUACUUUGCGUCCAGCCUCGCCAUAUUUCUGUCUCUGUCAAAGAGCUGGACCUUUACCUCGCUUUCUACGUACAAGAGAAAGAGGCAGAGCAGACCAGUAGUCCCAGUCGAGCUGGAGUAGGUUCUGAUCAGGAUGACAGUCGGACGGCCACUAUAGGUAGCUGUUUUCCAGUUUAUGGUCCAGAGUUCCAGGAAAGUUUUGUGGCUUCAGGAGUUUUUAGUGUUGCCGAGCUGGUCCAGGUUUCAAGAAUUCCAGUCGUAACUGGGGUUGUACCUGGUUUCUCCAUGGGGGAUCUCCAGGGUCAUCUGGCCUAUGACCUCAACCAGUCCAUCAACCAGCCGGUCAGCCUGAAGCGAUCACUGGCCAGCACUUCGUCCAGCGGAAGUAAACGUCUUAAAUCUGGCUCCAUAGAGGAGGAUGCUGACAGUCCAGGAGGAGAGUAUUACCACUCGCCCUCGUCUCCAGCAAGCAGCUCCAGAAACUGGACUGAUGACAUAGAAGGAGGUCUGUCUCCCCCAGUUAAGAAGGUGGAGCUGGACAGCCCCUCUCCCCAGGAGGACUCACCAAGAAUGGCCUCCUUAACUCAGCACCACCGUCCAGUCAUAGCUGUCCACAGUGGUCUCUCUCUGAGUUCCCAUCCCUCCUCGUCUCUUCACUUUUCUUCGUCUCCCUACUUCUCCCAUGGAGCAAUUCGCUAUCCUCCUCACCUGGCCCAGGACCCCCUGAAGGAUCUGGUCUCAUUACCCUGUGACCCUACAAAUCAGUCCCCCAGCCCUCUCAACGGCAGCACCCAGGUGAAAAUGCCGAGUCAUUACAUCACCUCCCAGAUGUUAGGACCCCAUGGACCAGCGCCCUCCCACCCCAGACCAACCGUUCCCACAGAGUCAAAGGCCUCUACCUCCUCGUCUGAAGGGGGCGCACAUUCCCCCACAUCACCAACAUACUCUGCUCCUGGAACCCCUCCUGCCAGUCAGUCGUCCUUUGUCGGAGUCGCCCCCCGUGACCCAGGUGGACUCUACCAAGCCCAGUCUUGGUAUCUGGGCAACUGAGUGAAGUCUGGAGGAACCAUGGUGGUCAUCAUGGCGGUGCUGUCCCGGAGGGAAAGGAAACGAUCCAGUCAAGAUUCAGCAAUGCAGAAACAACAAAUGGCCAUACCUGCAUAUAUAUGAAUAUAAACACAUCAUUUUAUAUUUAUAUGUGUGUUUAUACUCAGAGGAGACCGUCCGAGGGGAGCUGGACGCUGCUGAGCCAUUAUUUUGGUGCCAGAGUUUAUAACUUCACAGUGUGGAUGAUGAAAGCAGUUGUGAUUUCUACGAUUUGUGCAGACGUCUGUCAGGGAUGAACUACACACCAGAACUUCACGUCCAGACUGCGGAACCUAAGAAGCUUGUAACCCAGCUGCAUCCCAAGAAUGAGGUCUGUUGCUUUUGGAUGUAUGUCAGCUUUUAUUCCCGGCCAUCUCUUCUAAAUCCAGUAGGAGGGGCCCCCACAUAUACAUCCCCACUCCUCCACCCCCCCAGCACUCCGAAUGCCUCUCUCUUCGCUGCAGGUGCUGCUUAUAAUAUAUGCAAUUAAGCCUCCAUUCUUUUUUAAAACUGAUGAGAAAAAUAGACCCUGUUUACAUACGUUUGUUUUUUGCACUUUUUUGCUGUUUUUUGGAAUUGAGCUGAAACAGCACAUUUCUCUUCCCAUCUACCAAAAAAAUCCAGAGGUUUCAUCUUUUUUAUGGACAAUCAUAAACGUGAAACCUUAAGUUCUUUUGCACGGCUCCUAUUUUGUAAAAAAAAAAAAAAAAGGAAAAAAGUUUGAUUGUGCUUUUUACCAGAAACCAGGAGUAAUAUUAAUGGUUCCCGCCCCGCCCCCAUUGAUGUUCCGGUUCUGUAUUUACUCACUGACACUUUGGAGAUGUCUGUUCCUUAUAGAGACACCGCUGAGGUGAAGACAUGCUGAAGGUUAGGCAGCGGCAGGAAGUCCUCAGGAAAUGAAUGAAAGUCAGUAAAAUGAAAUGGAUACACAUAAAAUGUGUGUUUGUGUCAAAACAAGAACAAGGUUCUUCCAUUUUCACACCCAUAGACUCCUGAAGUAGGGGUGCAAACUUAUGGCUUUGCUCCCAGCAAUAAUAUAAAUGCAUGAAGUUUGUAUUGAUUCAGAUUUUACCUUUUUUAUUUACAAGCUAGGAAAAACGACUUAAAAGCAAUCACUUGAAUUAUUUUUCACGCUGAACUUUUAAAUCGGUUCGGUCCAGCCCAGCUUGCACGCCUCUAGCCGCUCCAGCUCACUGGUCAGACAUCAUUAGGCCGUGGAGAUGAGAAUGAUCAUUUUAACACUUUAAGAAUCGGCAUUAGCUUUAUUUGAGAGGUGUCACUCUAUUUACAAGACAUCCAUGAGUUCAUUUAAAUUGCAGUGUGUAGUUUCCAGAGGAACCCAUGUCACACUGUACGAUGCAGGAUUGCACGACUUUGUACCAAGUAUGUUGCAAAGAUCUGACAGAAAUAUCAGUCCAGUAACAAAAGGUGGUGUUGGCACUAACUGCUAUGUUCAGACACUGCAUAGAUCUGCAGGAGGACGUGAAAAGAAAACACCAUUAGUCCACUAUCCCCAGGAAACACUACACUAUAGAUUACUUUCUGAGAACCCUCUGAUCAUGUGGUUUGUAACUAAACUGUGCAGUAGAUUUGUAAAGUUAAUCAUUAUGGCCUGUCCUAGUCUGGAGGACAUACAAUUCAUGUGUCCUCUUCUUGUCCCACACACCUCCAAGUUCCAUGGAAACUGUGUGGGGGUUCAGGCUGCAGAAGACAAACGGACAAAAGAACAAGUUACCAGUGGUGCUUGAGUUGUUUUUAGGUCCGACCAAAGACUAUAAAUAAAGACGGACAGCAUGUGCUCAUCUACUUCCUUUAUUCAAAAGUGAAGCCAUAAUAUCCCAUUGGCGGGAGCUGCCAUGUUGUAUUUUUGGACCCAGUGUCACUCAGGAUAGAGUGAAGCAACAUACAGUGGAUAAAAUAAGUAUUUAGUACACUGCCAGUUCUGCAAGUUUUCCCACCUACAAAGAAUGGAGGGUCUGCAGUUUUUAUAAUAGGUACACUUCAAUUGUGAGAAAGAGAAUUUAACAAAAAAUCAUGAAAAUCACAUUGAAUGAUUUUUAAAUAAUUAGCAUUAUAUUGCAUGAAAUAUGAAGUAUUUGAUCACCUACCAACCAUUAGGAAUUCUGGCUCUUACAGACCUGUUAGUUUGUCUUUAAGAAGCCCUCAUAUUCUCCACUCAUUACAAUUUAUUAAGUGCAGCUGUUAGAACUCCUUAACUGUAUAAAAGACACCUGUCCACUCAUUCAAUCAAUCAAACUCCAACAUCUCCACCAUGGACAAGGACAAAGAGCUGUCUAAGGAUGUGAGGGACAAGAUCAUCAUAGACCUGCACAAGGUUGGGAUGGGCUACAGAAAAAUAGACAAAGGGCUUGAUGAGAAGACAAGAACUGUUGGUGCAAUCAUAGACAAUGAAACAAACUCAACAUGACUGUCAAACUUCCUCCAUCUGGGGCUCCAUGCAAGAUCUCGCCUCAUGAGGUCUCUGUGAUCAUGAGAGAUCAUCCCAGAACUACAUGUGAGGACCUGACCAAUGGCCUGAAGAGAGCUGGGACCACAGUCUCAAAGCGUACCAUUGGUAACACACGACGCCAUCAUGGACUAAAAUCCGAGUUCUCCCUGUUCAAGCCAGCAGAAGUCCAGGCCCGUUUGAAGUUUGCCAGUGACCACCCGGAUGAUCCAGAGGAGGCAUGGGAGACGGUCAUGUGGUCAGAUGAGACCAAAACACAUCUCUUUGAUAUAAACUCCCUCACCAUGUUUGGAGGAAGAAGGAUGUGUACAACACCAAGAACACCGUCCCAACCCUGAAGCAUGGUGAGGUGCAAACAUCAUGCUUUGGGGGUGCUUCUCUGCAAAGGAGACAGGAUGACUGGAUCAUAUUGAAGGGAGGAUGGUUGGGGUCAUGUAUUGUGAGAUUUUGGCCACCAACUGCCUUCUCUCAAUAAGAGCACUGAAGAUGGGUCAUGGCUGGGUCUUCCAGCAUGACAGUGACCUGAAACACACAGCCAGGGACACUAAGGAGUGGCUCCAUGGAAGGCAUCACAAGGUCCUGGAGUGGCCUAGCCAGUGACCAGACCUGAACCCAAUUAAAAACCUUUGGAGGGAACUGAAAACUCGAUGUUGUCCAGCAAUAGCCCCAAAACCUAGCAGAUCUGGAUAAGAUAUAUAUGGAGAGGGACAAAAUCCCUGCUGCAGUKUGUGCAAACCUGGUCAAGAACUACCAGAAACGUCAGACCUCUGUAAUUGUAAACAAAGAUUUCUGUACUUAAUACUCAGUUCUGUUUUUCUAAUGAAUCAAAUGCUUAUUACAUGCAGUAAAAUGUAAAUUAAUUAUCUAAAAAUCAUUCAAAAUUUACUAAAUGUGCAGUAUAUCAAAUACUUACUUUCCCCACUGUAUCUGUACAUUUAAUGUUCCUGCCUCCUUUUGAGGGAAACAACCCCUCCACCUUGACUAAUGAUAGAUGGAACUCCUGCUUCAAAUAAGUCAAGAGCACUUCUUUGAAGAUUAUUUUUCACGUUCUUUGAAGUGCCCCAAAGUUAUGGUCUGUCAGACGAGCAGUUAUCUACGGUCAUUUUCAGUCAACAAUUAGCAGUGUUACAAAGCAAAACUGAUGUAUAUAAAAUAUAAUAUAUAGUUUGAAGUUAAUCAAAUUGGACAAGCAAGGCCCCCAGUGACCUGCUGUGUUGUAAGGAUAUAUUUCAUCACUCAUCAUAGUUUUUCUUUAUUAAGUUGCUUUAUUUUCUAUUUUGGCUGUUGGUCAUGAGUGGAAGUUACAUUGAAAUCAUUAGGCAACAAUCUUUAAGGUGGGUAAACUAAUAAAUUCAGUGUACUUUAGUAGAAAAAAAAAAAUCAGUCUGGUUCAAAAUUACUCCAAAAAAGUAGAACUGUAGUUUAGUAAAAAUAUAAGGAACUUCUGACUUGCACACUUGUUUUAUUUAUUGUUCUUUUGCCCCCCCUUUUUUUUGCAGCGAAGACAUUUAGUGACAAAAUAAAACUGCUGCCACUUCUUACCAUUUAAAUCCUCUCCCUACACAAUCAUGCUGUUUGUUUUGCUAUCGUAUAACCCUAUUAUAACUAAAUCUGUUUGAAAAAUGAAUAUUUGAACAUACAAGAGAAUGAUAAUCAACAAAAGUCAGCUUUUAGAAAAAAUGUAAUGUUCAAUUUUUAAAAAAUCAGCAUAAUGUCUUGUUUGUUUACAUAAACAUAUGUUACUUAUGUUUAAUCAAAAUACUGCUACUUAAAUUUGAAAGUAAAAAAUAUGCAAACUCAA